UAUAUCGCCCUACUUCGGUCACACUUGCAACAGCCAAUCUUGUGCAACUGAAAAUUAAACAACAUUAACCAGAUUUAUUGUAUUGUUUUAGCAAAUUGAGCAAACAAAAUGCAUAUAACGCUGAUCAACCUGUUUAAGAAGACCGUUCCAGGUCACAUAUUUCGGGGCAAGCGGCGCCUGGUAAAGCCGGUGAGCCAGCGUGCGAUGGACACACUGACUCGCGAGUACGAGCGUCAGGAGCAGGUGAUGUUGCUCCUCCGGCAUCCGUAUCUGACCCUGGAACAGUCCGCCGGACACGCCAAGGAGCUACAGAAGCGCGAGAAGCUGGUGGCCAAGUGGACGCAGGAGCAGACGCUGAGCAAGAUGAAGCCCCACGUAACCAUCGAGGAGCGGCUGAACCAGCUAAAGAUCAAGGAGGCCUGGGACUAGCCUCUUCCCCUGCUUCGCCUGUUAAACCUGCGUUACUUGUAAAAUAAAUAUAGAUUUUAUAUAAAUUA